CCGUCGAAACAGUAUCAACACCCCCCAAAUCUCUGUCUAAAAAGAUCUCUUUUCCUCUCUCUUCCACAAGGCUGUGUAUAUCUCCACCACUCUCUUAUUAAAAAAAAAAAAAAAAAAAAAUCUCUCGUCUCUCGACUUGUAAUAUAAUUCUCUCCCCGUCUCUCGCAAGUUGUAAUCUGUCUCGUAGAAUUUACGAUCGGAGAUGUAGACCUCUGCUGUUCACCUGCAACUCUCAACAGGAGCUGUGUUGACAUUAGCCUCUCUCUCUCUCUCUCUCUCUCUACUCAAAAUGUCGUCUCCCUCUUGUCGACGCUUACUCCGAACCCUAAACCGAUUGGUGAGGUCCUCAACCAACACAUUAAAACUCAUGAAACAAAUCGCAUAUCACAAAACAACCAAGGCCAUCAAUGAUCUCUCUAUCCCCCUUCCCUCUCUGGAAAUAGCCCAGCAACUCGAGCACGUUUUCUCUCUCAUCGAUGCUAACGGCGACGGUAAGAUCUCCUCCACCGAGCUCCGCCAUCUCCUCCGUCGGUUAGGCCAUCCCCGCUCGUCCGCUUCGUCUGCCGCCAGAGAAAUGCUAAGGGAGGCUGACGACAAUGGCGACGGAUUCAUCGACCUUACGGAAUUCUUGGAGAUCACUGCUAAAGUUGGUGGAGGUUUCGGCACUAAAGAGGAUUUAAUGGAAGCUUUCUCCAUUUUCGAUAGAGAUAAGAAUGGGCUCAUUUCAGCUAAAGAGUUGCAGAGAGUUUUGAGGGGUUUGGGCGAUUACAAAUCCACCAUUCACGACUGUGUAUCAAUGAUAAGAGGGGUUGAUAGGAAUGGAGAUGGCCAGGUUGAUUUUGAAGAAUUUAAGGUUAUGAUGAUGGGGGAUUCACAUAUAAGAAAUACCAGGGUCCACCCCUCUGUUUAUGGUUAACUUUCCGGCGAUUUUAUAGAAAUCCGGCGAAUUAUGCAACUUUAUGGGAUUGUCUAGGGGGAAGUGUCGCCGGAAAAUGACCGGGAAAGUGAAUUCCGGUGAUUGAAUUGAGGCUCCGAUGGUUCGUCGAAUAAAGGGUAGAGAGCUUUUGUUUUCGCCGGUGGACGAUACAGGUGAAUUUUAGCUCAAUUUCAGCGAAUAUUGGAUGAAAAUUUGAACGAAUUUGGGAGAAAUUCGUGCAAAAUCAGCUGAAAUUAGAGGUCUUAUGAAAAAUAGAUUGUAAGGUAGCUUGAAUAUUUGAUGGGGCCAAAAUUGAGUUAAAAAAUCAAAUUUUGCUCAUUUUGGACAGUUUUUUUAUCAAUGAAAUUUCUAUAUGGAGAAAUCAUGGGAGCGUUCA